AUGUGUCUUAAAGCAGAGUCGGCACAAAUGGAUGCAUUCAAAUGUAUCGCUCCGUCGGUCUUCUAUUACGAUACGAACCGAUGGACUUGGGAUGAGGCGCGACAGAUGUGCUCUCAAAAGUUUGAUGCCAUAUAUGAGGCAGACUUAAUGCAAUUGACCGACGCGUCCAAGAGUGCCGCUCAAGCCAUGAUGGAUCAUCUCGUUCAAAAGGGACUCAUUGCAUCGGGAAAGAGUGAAUUCGCCACAAGCGGUGUGUGUUGUAUGAGAAAACUGGCCAAUAAUAGAUACGGUCCAUUGUGUCAAUGGUUGCCCUCAGGCGAUCCCAUCGAUGGUCUAACUUCUUCGGAUCAGUGCCACAUACAUACCGUUAAAUAUGACACACAAACCAAAGUCUUCAUUAACGCCGAUGGGUUUCAAAAAGUGGAAGAUAAAUCAUUUGACGGCCAUUUAUGCGCUUUUAAUGCACCAAAGGGUUGUAUGGCAACGCAACCGCCACCGCCAUCGCCCACAUCAUUCCCAAGCGAUACGACGACCGCCACAUCGAGUGACCCGUCAGUCAUUCCGACCCACUCUCCGGACGAAGUGAAGAAAGGUUUGGACGAAUUGGAUGAACGGCUCAAACAUUUGGAUCUAAACGUAGAUCAGUUGCUCGACUGCUCCGAGAAGUUGACCGAUAUCUUAAAAGGCGGUUCACUCGUAACGGACGCCGUAUUAAAUCAGACGUUGAAUAUAAUCGACACUUUGCAGCAAAGGGUACCCAAAAAGACUAAAGACCCCAAACAUCUGCGGACAUUCACCGAACACGUGGUUCAGAGUUGCAGCGAUGUGUUGGAGAGCGAACGGGCGUGGGAUAAGAUUGACCAUGAUCAGGUCAAAGCUAAUUUCAGCUCAAAUAUACUGCAUUUCAUGCAAAGGAGUUCAUUCGCGUUGGGCUGUCGGGAGCCGUCCAACACCACUAACUCCUCACACGAGGCCAUACAUAAGGACAAUAUUGUGGUCCAAACGUUUACAAUGGAUUACAGCAAAGAGACCACUUUUCUGGUCAAACACAUGGCCUCAUCCAUCAAAUUGCCGGCCGGUAUACCGGAGCCGCCGCGCGAUCAGGAGUGCAUUCCCGGGACGGCUGUCGGCGCUGUAAUCGACAAGUUGUCCCGAUAUUUGUCCGUCAAUUUUGCCGACAAACACGAACUCAACUCAGAUAUCGUGGCAUUCAGUGUCGCAAACAAUCAAAACUCGACACAACUUCCGGCAAACGUCUCCCCCGUUGUCGUUACAGUCAAACACAAUAAUUUGCUAACAUUUGGCGAUAAAGUGCAGUGCGUUUACUGGGAUUUCCAGCAAAUGAAAUGGUCGUCGAGUGGGUGUCAGUUCCGCGUUGAGGGCUCCGACCGGAAAGUGUCUGUCUGUGAAUGCAAUCAUUUGACAAAUUUUGCGGCUCUAAUGGAUGUGAGCGGAAGAGAGGCCAACACUAAAGUGAAAGACAUUUUGACGAAAGUGUGUUGCGGUCUGUCUAUCAUUUGUCUCGUAUUAACCAUUGGUUUCUUA